GUGUUCUGAUCUGAUGAUUUUCUUUGGGUAAAUGUUGUAUUUUGUAGUGUUAAAGAUUUAGAAAUUAAAGACAUGAAAAAACAUAAACUGAGGUCACAUAAUGGCAUCUUAUAACAGUACUGAUGCAGAUAUAGAGUCGAUUUACUCUGAGGAGGGAAGUAACAGUUUCAAGAGGCAUUCAUUUUCAUCGGAUAAGCCAGUAUUUCGAUUCUUGAUUUUCGAUUGUGAUUCCACCAGUAGUUUCCUUGUGGCUGGUAAAAUUGUUAACAUUCCAGUAAAUCCUAGUGUGAACCUCGAGCUGGUCCAGCGAGACAUUAUUUUGAAAUAUGGAAGACCAUUUUCGAAUGUUCUUAACAAUGAUCAAUAUGCUGAAAUUUUCGGUACAAACCAUAAGGUUUUCCUGUCACCUAUUCAAUCAAUAUUUGUAUUUCUUCCAAAUGAAAGAACGAAACAAUUAACAUUUUUCAUUUCUAAAACUUUUGCAAACACACCAAUUCAUAUAAGCAACAAUGCUAUGCUUUUAGAGAGUCCUGUACCUUUUUUUUGUGUAUCGCUUCCAAGGCCAAUCACUCUGGACAACAUUCAGUUCAUUAAGCAACAGUUAUCAGAGGAAUUACUUCAACUGUGCUAUGACAACGAAAACGCAGAAACUACAUUAAAGGUAGAAAUUUUGAACCAGUUACCGAGAAAUGCUUUCUAUUUUGAUGUAGUGAAAAUAAAAACAAAUAUAGUAAAAUUUUCCUACCACCAAUCUUUCCAGUCUUCUUUAGUUUUACAUAUAGAGCAGUUAUCAACAGAUACUAUAGAGGAGUUUUUAAAAGCUUACUUAAAGAGAGCGGCUAAAGAAGUUGAAGAAUUCCGUGGAAAAGACAUUGCAGAUUUUUCUGUUACAGAUGACAUUGGGAAAAGAGUUGAUUACAAUUUGAAAGCCAUCAUUUGUUUACUUUUCGAUGAAAAACAGAUUAUGAAAGACAUAAAUUUUGAUCAUUCAUACCCAACAUUCAUUGUUCAUUUUACUCCUAAGCUGUGUUCCUAUAUUCAGUUAGGAGUCCGAAUAAUUGGUGAAGAUAGGGGACACAUGCAUCCUUUCACUGUGUUUGUUAGAUCUGAUUGCUCAACAUUCGAACUUAGGCACGAUAUUUCAAAGCAUUGUCACUGGAACCCAAAAUCCUUUGAAGUUUUCCUUCCUAGCAGUCCAAAUGUCAUUGAUGAGGUUGACAAUAUUCAAAACCUGCCCAAACUAAUUAGCUCAAAUUCUGUGCUGACUGUUCGUAGAACUAAAAAAAUAGUAUUGACAAUUAAAUCUGGCUUACCUGAUAUGGACAGUUUUACCUUGCAAGAACAUCCAAUGUGUUCAGUUGAAGAGUUAAAGAACAAAGUGUCCAAAAGAUGUGAUAUAUUGCCAAAACAGUUUGACUUAAUGUACAAAAGCAAAGUUUUGGAAGAAACCAUUAUUUUAGAAGAUAUCAUUGAAAAGAAAGCAAAUUUAGAGAUGCUUUUCAAUGAAAAUAGGAUUAUAUUCCGUCUAUAUCUGCUCAAAACAUUACCAAAUAGGACAAAUACUGAAUUCCAUGAACAUUUUAUUCAUGUCAAAGUCGAUAAUCCAGAUGAUCAAAUAGGUGAAAUCACAUCUUUAUUUGCUGAAAAACUCAAGAUGGAAGAAGGUGAACUUCAUUUGUUACAUAAAGGAUUUUGUGUUGAAAAACACAAGUCUUACAAAGACGCAGAUGUCAUAGAUGGGUCUGUCCUCUGUUUAUGUCAUUGUGAAAAUCCUGCCAAAGGUCCUGGCUCACAGACCAUGGAAACUAUUUUCCAGGCAACAACCACAGGAUCAGUUGAAAAAGUAACAGAACCUUCGAUGGUAGCAUUACAGAUGAAAUUGAGAAAACUAGAACUGCAGCAAAGUAAAAAGGAACCAAAGUUUAAGAUUAUCUCUAGAGAUGUGCAUAAUAGGAAGAUAUUUAACAGAAUGGUUUCAGUGCCACCAAACACUUCAAGAUCUUCACAUGCAGUUGAUGUGUUAGAUGGAUACAAAUCUGAUACUGAUUUACUCCGACAGAAGCAGGCAGCAAAUUCAUCAUCAUCAGAAAGUCAACUGGAAGCUCAUUAUAACUUUACAAACCGUGAACAUGACCAGAUUAGGUCUACACCAGGACCAAAUAAUGGCUCACAUGUAAAAACAAGCACACCAUUAUUUAACCAGGGACCCAAUAACAGACCAUCGUUGAAUCUAGAUAUACGGAGCACUUCCCCUCUACCAGAACAAGAGAAAUUUUAUCUAUGUGUAACUCCACCACUAUCCUCUAAUAACCUUUCUGCUUUAUCUGACAAAAGAGGGAACAAUUUACCUGGUCAAAUAGGAUAUAGCUUAACUGUGUGGGGUGACGGCAACCUGCCAAAUAUUCCUAGUAUACUUGGAUCAUCUCCAUCAUUUACUAAAAUGAGAGAUGCCUUGGAACAGCCUAAUGGUCAUAAUCCAUUGAAUAAGCUAUUCCUUCGGGUUUCCCAUGAAAUAAUCAGCGACUGGAAAAAUGUUGGCCGACAUCUAGAAAUAGGGGAAAGCAAUAUCAGUAUUAUUGACCAGAACUAUGCAGAUGUCAAAGAAAAAGCUUACUCUAUGUUAACAAAAUGGCAAGAGUUCAGAGGUCAUGAUGCCACAAAGGAGAUACUGAUUAAAGCAUUAGAAGAUUGUGAACUGAAGAGGGUGGCAGAGAUUGUAGAGGAGUUUGACAUAACACCAUACGUACAUGAUGUUACCGACCUGGAAACUGAUGGGGUUGAUGACAGUUCAGGGUUGGAGAUAGAAAUGUUUGAUUAAAUCUAUAUGCCAAGGUCAGGGGAAAGGUAGAAAGGUUUGAUCAUGUGGGUGGAGUUUAUUCCUGUUCAGAGGAAAUUUAGAAAGUAUAAUGAUGCCUACUAUGGAUUCAUUUAUUUUUGUGAGUACAUUGUACCAAUUUUCGUGGAUGGGGUUUACAGAAUAGAGAAUAAUGGGCAAAAUAUGCAGAAAACGGACCAAAAUAUGCAGAUAAAGGACCAAAAUAAUACAGAAUAGAGAAAAAUAGGGCAAAAAAAUAAAGAAUAGAGAAUAAUGGGGUGCUAAAAUAUAAAGAAUAGGGAAUAAUAGCAAAUAAAAAAUAAAUUAGAGAGAAAAAUGACCUUAAAAUCUAGAGAAAACAGAAAUGACGGACCCCCCAUCCACACUUGUUAAUUGUUGAAGAUUGUACGUAUGUUGACCUUUAGAAUAUUUUGAUUUUCGUUUCUUGGUUGCUGUCUCAUAAACUUAUACUUAUAUAUGUAACCUAUAUCUGCUUUUAUACAUUUUUAUCAGUGGCAGUUCAAUUUGUUUUCAAAAAGUGGAUUUGAAAGGGUAAAAAAAAUCCUACCUUUUUCAUACUCGUGAUAGAGUUGUCAAGUCACAACUAGAGAUUUGAAAUUUUCAGCUAGAGAUUGAGCCUCAUAACUGGAAAUAUUUUAUCAACAAUUUUAUAGACAUUUUCAAUAUUUAUUUUGAUAAUAUGGCUACAAAUUUCCCGUUUUUUAGCUCACCUGGCCCAAAGGGCCAAGUGAGCUUUUCUCAUCACUUGGCGUCCGUCGUCGUCGUCGUCAUCUGUCGUCGUCGUCCGUCGUCGUUAACUUUUACAAAAAUCUUCUCCUCUGAAACUACUUGGCCAAAUUAAACCAAACUUGUCCACAAUCAUCAUUAGGGUAUCUAGUUUAAAAAAUGUGUCCCGUGACCCGGCCAACCAACUAAGAUGGCCGCCAUGGCUAAAAAUAGAACAUAGGGGCAAAAUGUAGAUUUUGGCUUAUAUCUCUGAAACCAAAGCAUUUAGAGCAAAUCUGACUGGGGUAAAAUUGUUUAUCGGGUCAAGAUCUAUCUGCCCUGAAAUUUUCAGAUGAAUCGGACAACCCGUUGUUGGGUUGCUGCCCCUGAAUUGGUAAUUUUAUGGAAAUUUUGCUGUUUUUGGUUAUUAUCUUGAAUAUUAUUAUAGAUAGAGAUUAACUGUAAACAGCAUUAAUGUUCAGCAAAGUAGGAUCUACAAAUAAGUCAACUUGACCAAAAUGAUCAGUUGACCCCUUAAGGAGUAAUUGCCCUUUAUAGUCAAUUUUUAACCAUUUUUCGUAAAUUUUUGUAAUCUUUUACAAAAAUCUUCUCCUCUGAAACUACUAAGACAAAUUUAACCAAACUUGUCCACAAUCAUCAUUAGGGUAUCUAGUUUAAAAAAUGUGUCCGAUGAUCCAGCCCGUGAACCAAGAUGGCCGACAUGGCUAAAAAAUAGUACAUAGGUUAAAAUGCAGUUUUUGGCUCAUAUCUCUGAAACCAAAGCAUUUAGAGCAAAUCUGACGGGAUAAAAUUGUUCAUUAGGUCAAGAUCUAUCUGCCCUAAAAUUUUCAGACCAAUCAGGCAACACGUUGUUGGGUUGCUGCCCCUGAAUUGGUAAUUUUAAGAAAAUUUUGCAGCUUUUGGUUAUUUUCUCGAAUAUUGUUAUAGAUAGAGAUAAACUGUAAACAGCAAUAAUGUACAGCAAAGUAAGAUCUACAAAUAAGUCAACAUGACCAAAAUUGUCAAUUGACCCCUUAAGGAGUUAUUGCCCUUUAUAAUCAAUUUUUUACAAUUUUCAUAAAUUUUGUAAAUUUUUGUAAAUUUUUACAAAAUAUUUUCCACUGUAACUGCUGGGACAAGUUCAUUUUAGAUAGAGAUAAUUGUAAGCAGCAAGAAUGUUCAGUAAAGUUAGAUCUACAAACACAUCACCAUCACCAAAACACAAUUUUGUCAUGAAUCCAUCUGUGUCCUUUGUUUAAUAUGCACAUAGACCAAGGUGAGCGACACAGGCUCUUUAGAGCCUCUAGUUUUAAGCUCACCUGACCCAAAAGUGCCAAAUGAGCUUUUCUCAUGACUUGGCGUCCGUUAUCAGCUGUCAUCCAUUAACUUUUACAAAAAUCUUCUCCUCUGAAACUACUGUGCCAAAUUUAACUAAACUUGGCCAUAAUCAUCAUUGGGGUAUCUAGUUUUAAAAUGGGUCCGAUGACCCAGCCUUCCAACCAAGAUGGCAGACAUGGCUAAAAAUAGAACAUAGGGGUAAAAUUGCCAGUUUUGUCUAUUAUUUUGAAAACUGAUAUAAAUACAGAAAAUCUGACUUGAUGCAGAAAUGUUCAGACUGUUGAGCUCUACCAAUUGUCCAUAUAUGUCAAACUGUCACACUACUUCUUAUAGGAGUAAUUGCCCUUAAAUGACAAAUUUUACCAUUUUUUUUUAUUUUUGUCUUGAGAACUAUAAUAAGAGAGAAACAUUAAAUUGCAAAAAUGAUCUGCAAGACAAGUUCUACAAAUAAGUCUUAUGGUCGAAAUCAUCAGUCGACUCCUUAUUAGAGUUAUUGCCAUUUGAUGACGAUUUAAAUAUAAUAGAUAGAUAGAAACUUAGAUAAGCAAAAAUGAUCAGCAAGACAAGAUCUACAAUUAAGACAAUAUGGAAGAAAUUGUUCCACAACUCCUUAUUGGAGUUAUUGCCCUUUAAUUGUAAUUUUUGUCUCGCCUUGACGGAGUCAAAAAGCAAGACAGAGGUAUGCUGUUUCCAGUGGCGUCAACAAUAUACUAAUUUGUGAUUAGGUCUAGUUUAUUAUGAACCACUAAAAUGCCCUUAAAUGAGGAUUUUUUACCCUCUUUUGUAAUUUGAGCAAAAACUAAAGAAGAUAGAGAGAAACUAAACAGACUUAAUUAUCAUCAAUAUAUACAAGAUCAACAAAACAGAGAUUUUUGUCAUGAAUUCUAUUCCCGUCUACAAUGUUGGAGAGUGUCCUUUGUUGAAUAUGCACAUAGACCAAGGUGAGAGACACAGGCUCUCUAGAGCCUCUAGUUUAGAUAAUAGUAUUACUAUUAGUGUAUUCUCUAAACAAGAUAAAUGUAGAACUUAAUUUUGCCUUUGUCAUUUUAAGAAUUGCUUUGAAAUCUUUUUGACUUAAUAAAGACAAGUGAAAAAGAAAUUGACAGCAAGUCAAUCUGUUUGAAUGAAAUUUGGCAAAAAGAAGUGGUUUUUAGUCCUCAUAUUUAAUUGAAUAUUAUAAUCUAUUUCCUAAUGAUCAGUUUGUGUAUUAAAUAUCACCCCUUAUAAUGAUAAAAAAGUAGACAUGAGGUGUUCUGAACAAAAGGUGAAUGUAAUCAAAGAUGGCAAAUAUUUAUGUAUUUUAUUAUGCAAUCAUGAAUAGUACACAUAUGCAUGUAAUUUAUUUUAUAUAAUUUAUACUGAGUCUUACCCUUCAAAGAAAUACUAUAUGUCUUGUCAUCCAGUGCCCUUAAAGAGCUAUACCUCAUAACCUUUAAAGUGCUAUACCUUAUUAGCAGUUUGACAAAUAUUAAUUACACUUUACACAGUUGUAGAACACAAUCUGAUGAUGUGAAAAAAGGAAUAUGUUUCCAGGCCAACAUGUUAAAGGGGAGAUAACUCAAUGUAUUUACUUCAAUAUACUAUUCUAUUAUUGGGAAGGGGGAUUCUUUUGUGAGUCUAAUCGCAAUUAUUUUCAAGCCAACUGAAAGCUCAUAAUAGCCACUGGCUCAUUGUAAUGAAUCAUUUAUUUGUUAAUUUAUUGCAAAUUAUGUUGUAAUCUGAACUAAGUGUUCAUAAUUUAACGUCCAGUUUCACUCUUUUCACAAUUUAACAAGGUCAAUAAAUUUUUGAUAUUGUAUUAAUUACACUUUACACAGUUGUAGAACACUAUGUGAUGAUUUCAAAAAAGGAAUAUAUGCCCAGGCCAACAUGUUAAAAGGGAGAUAACUCAAUGUAUUUACUUCAAUAUACUAUGUAAUACUCUUAUUGGGAUUAGUGGGGAUUCUUUUGCAAGUCAAAUCACAGUUCUUGAUCAUUUUAGCUUAUCGAGCCAACUGAAAGCUCAUUAAAUCAACUUGCUCAUUGUAAUGAAUCAUUAACAUGUAAAUUUAUAACAAAUUAUGUGGUAAACUUAACAAUGUGUUCAUAAUUUAACGUCUAGCUUUCACUUUCUGAACAAUUUAAGAAGGUCAGUAGAAUUUAGAUAUUGCAAUGAGAGAGAUAUUUGUUUACUUAUAAAGUUGUUAUAUACUUAUUUAACAAUCAUUGGAUGGAAAUGUAUUUAGUUUACACAGAAAUAGUGUACAUUCUAUAAAUUCCAGAAAUGUAAGGAUUAUAUUAUUGAAAUCUCAAAAGUGCCAGUAGAAUUAUAUAUAUAUAUAUAUCGUGUAAAAUGCUUUUAAGUUUUCAUUUAUUAUACAGAUUUUGUUUGUUAUGCUUGUAUUUGUCUUCAAAUAUCUGUUAGCAGUAGUGUUUUUUUUCUUUGACAACAGAAAAAUUGUCAGAUCUUUUUUCUCUCUUUGCCAUAGGCAUAUUAUUGCUAUUUUUGUUCUGAUAUUUAUCAUCAUGCAUUAGCAGACAAAUAUGCUUGCUUGAAAUAUUUCAAAUAAAAUUCUCAUAUUUAAUAUGACAACCUAUAUUUUUGCCUGCAUGAACUGUAUAUUGCAAUUUGGUAAAUGUCUCAUGUCUAAUACAUAACUAAAUUCAUACACUACCAUUACGUCAACAUGCACCUUUUACCAUUUACAUGUUUCUAUAAGAUCUACUUGAUUGCCUCAGUCAAGCUGUUUUAACUUGAGUUGUUGCAUUAAUAAAAAUCAAGGGCUGUAAAUUUAGAAAUUCAUGCAAUAACUUUAUUCCUUACAUUGUAACUUACCAAACAGACUUACUGUUAUAACUGAAAUUUUGGGUUUUAAUUAAAUGCUAUCUCCAUUUUACUACAACAUGUAAAGAAAGUUACUCUUCUUAAAUUAAAAGUUCCUAUAGCACCUGAACUAAAGAGGGUUUAAGUUUGGUCAAAACAAAUAAAAACAAUGGAAGAAAAAAUAUAGAAUGGAGAAAAAAUUGUUAAAAAAAUAGAAUAGAGGAUAAUAAGUUGCUAAAAUAUAACCCAUAAAACAUAAUGGGCCAAAAAUAGAAAGAAUUGAGAAAAGUAACAUAAAAAAUAAAUGAAUAAGAAAUGAGAAAUGAAGAGUGUUACCCUAACAUUCCUGUUUUAUUCAGACACAAGCCUAUUUUAUCAACAAUAAUAAAACAUGUAUGAUCUUAAGCAGGGGCGGAUUCAGGCGGGGUUGUGGCUGAGGUGCGCCCCCCCCUCCCCUAAAAUUUGCAAAGCAUGGGUUGUCCUCAGCUUAAUAAAGAAUAUUUUGAUAAUUUUACCUCAAACAAAUUUUCGUCUGACUCCGCUCGGAGUUUUGCGCCCCUAACCUAAAAUCUUGGAUCCGCCCCUGAUCUCUAGGAUAACAUAGUUUGCAUGAUUCUUUGAUUAAUUGUGAAUAGCCCAAAAAUAGAUAGGUUUCGAAUGAUGUUAUUUGAGUUUGAGUUAAUUUCCUUGGCUGCCAUUUUGGAGAGAUAAAUGAUUGAUUUUCUUAUUUGUCUAACCAAAUUGAAACUGUGAUACACACAAGUAUCCUGACAAGCUAGUAGUAAUGAAUUAAGCAAGGCUAAAAUAUUGUAUAGAACAACUUUUUUUCCAAAGUCUUGUGGUCAGUAGAAGAAGUUGAAUUUGGCUGAUUUAUAAAGGAAUUAUUGCACUUAGACCUCCAUCAUGGAAACCAAAGGGAAGUAACUCUUCCUGAAAUUGGCUCAAUCAAAACCUAUCUAUACAGAUAAAGUAUUCAUAUAUGCAAAAAAUGUUGUCUUUUGUGCUGUUUAUUUUGCACAGGCAGUUUAAUUGUUGUUGUCCACUUUGAAAUGACCAAGAAAUAUCUGUGAUUGCUCUAUUUUUUUAAUGAAAAUAACCAUCAUGACCAUAAAGUAUAAUAUUUUCUUUUCACAACACUGUACUUCAAUAAAUACAACGUUUUUAUAAAUAUUUUUUUUUAAGAUUGCAUUAGUUUGAUUUUAAGACUAGGAUUGUAAAUGAAGAAGUAAAUUUUUGAACCAAUUUUUUGUAUAUAUAUUCAAGACAGCUAUGCAACAAAAAUAUUUAGUCUUUCAAAAAGAAUAUAUAUAUAUUGAUAGAUAUGAUAUGGUGCUUCGUUUUUGAAAUAUUAUUCUGUAUUUUUUACUUUUUAUUUCAAAAUGAUUUAUUUGAAUUGUAUUAUCAACUUUAACUUUGAAUCUGAAAUUCUCAUAUGUAAAUUUUUUUGAAAUUCAUUGUUUUGUAUAUAAACUAAAUAUUGUAGAUAAUUAUGUUUUGAGCAAUUCCAUUUAAACAUACAUUGCACCAAGGGAAGGCACUUUCUAAAAGGGUAACCUUAAUUAGCCAAAGUUAGAAUUUCACUUACAUUUACACUUUACCUGCCACCAACCCAAAGGGGAGAUUUAAAAGUGCCUUCUCUGGGUUCCAUAUAAAAAAGAUGUGCUAUGAUUGUCAAUGAGACAACUCUCCACCAGAGACCAAAUGGCAUUAUAGUUAGCAACUAUAGGUAACCAUGUGUAUGUUUUUAUGGAACAGCACUAAUUUAUUAUUUAAAUGUAUAUAUUAACCAAUUUUAUUUGGAAGAUAUAUUUACCUCCUGACUCAAAGGGGGCAUCAAAGUUAGUGGUUUAAGUAGUCGAACUACUGUAUCACUAGCCUGUCAACACUGAGGUUGUCAGUUCUAAUUCCGCGUGUGGCAGGUGCGUUCGACCCCAAUCUAGGAUUGUCAGUUUUCUUACCGAAAGUCAGUGGUUGUCUCCUGGCGUUCAGGCUUUCUGUACCAAUAUAAACUUACUACCACAAAAUAGCACAUUAGUGCUGAAAGUAGCGUUAAACACCAAUCAAUCAAUCUUGAUUCAAAGUUAAGACAAGUUAUACAAUGCAGGUGAUAACCAUAACAUUUGUCCCCAAAUAUCCAAUACACAAGGGAUCAGUUCGAUUUGACGAUUUUUGCUAGAGUUAUGGGACUUUGACAGUUUUUGUUUUACCAUUGUAUCACAAUGACACCUUGCCAAUGCAACUCUUCCAAGAAAAUAUUUGACAGAAAGCUCAUACUUAAUGGGAUUGUUUCCCAUCAUAGUUGACUAUACAUUAUACUGUGAUAUUACUGUCAUUUUGAUUUGACCAUGCGAAAUAUUAAACACUGCCUGUGUAUAAAGCAAAGCAAAUGUAAACUUUAUAUUCUGUGACUGGGACCAAGUUAGAUGCCAAGCCAUAGAAAGCAUAUAUAUUUUUUUGAAGAAGUACAUUUUAUAUGAAAGCUGUUGCAUUUUAUUCUGUUGCAUUGUUUUACAUUGUAUAUUUUUCCAUUAUUUUACAGAUUGUAUUUAUAUUAUUUGAAAAAAUGCAAUAAAAGUUAUAUACAGUCCUACACAUAGCCAUCAAAUUGAAAAAUUUUAAACAACUACUGUUGAGAUAAAAACAACAUAAAACUCAAGUGGCUGUCAACAUUAAUUUAAUGAAAUUUGUCUAAUUUGUAAUUUUAUCAGUAAAAUUAACAUUACACAGAUUGGUUCAGAUAUCUUGCUAGCAGUGAUAAUUUCUACAUCCUUUAUGAUAAAACUAGUGUACAUAGAUGGCAUUGUUUUUGUGCAAAAAAUGAAAUAUAAUUUCAGGUGUAUAUAUGACACAAAGAAUGAACAAUAUCAUGAAUUUAUGUUAGGGAUGAAAAAAAAUCAGCAGAAAGUAACUGUUUGGUAAAAACAUUUCAACUAGUUAUAAUCAUGAUAAUAGAUAAGAUCAUUUUAAAAGCAAGAUAGAAUUUUACAAUUGAACAUGCAUAUCUUUCACAUCUGUAUGACAAUUGGCAUUUUUAAAGUUCAUCUUUUCAGUUAUUUUGCACUAACAUGUGUUUAGUGUGACGUCCAUUUUCACUGAACUAGUACACACUUUUGUUUAGGGACCAGCUGAAGCCCGCCUCUGGGUGCGGUAUUUUCUCACUGUGUUGAAGACCCAUUGGUGGCCUUGGGGUGUUUUCUGCUCUUUGGUUGGGAUGUUGUCUCUUUGACACAUUCCAUUCUCAAUUUAUCACACAAUUCUUAAAAACGUUACUAAAAUAAAGAACAAAAAAAGGGGGGGGGGGUGGAAAAAUUUAAAAUAAAAUUUUCAUUUAAAUUUUAUAAAUGAAUAAAAAAUCCAUAAAUAUCAGGAUUCACAAUUGAUUCUUUUAGUAAAUUUACUAAGGCUCUAGCAUAAUCCACUCUCCCUCCACACACACACACACACAGACAUUAUUAAUAUUUCAGGACAAAUGUAAUUGUUAUUUCAUCAUUUAGUCAUAUAAGAAACAACAUUCUAAUUCUGAGCUGACCUGUCUUUGCAGAUAUUCGUUAAUGCUUUGUGCUAAGUGGAGAAGCAGCAAACACCAAUCUUAUU